AUGGUAGCCCACUCCCAGCGCCCCACCACCAUCAGCUCCAAGCCCAGAAAAAUCACCAAGCCCAAGCCCAAGACCUCCAAGCCCAAGCCCCUCAAGUCCAAGUCCACGCCCAACCUCACAGACUCCUCCUCCGCCCACCUCACCCGCCUCUUCCCCCCUCCCACCCUUACCUCCCCCGGCGCCAUCACAGACGCCGGCUUCGGCGUCGGCAAAGCCGCCGGAGAAACCGAGCCCUUCCCGCCUUUCGUAGACGAGCGGAUGGAUGUAGGUGUAGGUGCUGAGCACCACUGCAUGGCGUGCUGCGAGCACGCGCUGUGUGAGGAGAUGCGGAGGACGUAUGAAAGCAGGGCGAGAACGUAUGGGAGUAGACGCAUUGUGGUGGAGUGUAGGACGUAUGAGACUUGUCGGCGGGUUAGGAGGAGGAGGUUAGGGCUGAGGAGGCUGUGGUGA